ACCACCCAGACCCAGCACCAUCCCGUUCCGCCCCCCGCCCAACCGCUCUCGGCCCGCGACGCGCCUCACCUAUAUAACGCCGCCCGCCAGGCCCGCCCACCGGAACACGAGCAGACGCACGCGAUCUAUCCCACAGCGAAGCCGCCGGGUUCCCCCCCGCGUGAGCGCCCGCCCGCAGGCUUGUCGAUCCGCGCGCGGGGGCGGGAAGGCUAGACCGGGUCUCCAUGGGCAACUUCGCGUCGUGCACGCUGGCGGCGCCGGCCGGGAGCGGGCGGGGCGCCCGGGUCGUCCUCCCCGACGGGCGGGUGCGGCAGGUGCCGCUCCCGGCGACGGCGGCCGAGCUGAUGCUCGAGGCGCCGGGCCACUUCCUGGCGGACGCGUGCGCGCUGCGCCCGGGGCGGCGGAUCGAGGCGCUCCCGGCCGACGAGGCCCUCGCGCGCGGGGCGCUGUACGCCGCGCUCCCCAUGAAGCGCCUCGGCGCGCCCGUGGCGCCCGCCGACGUCGCGCGCCUGGCGGCCGCGGUGGUCGCCAGCGGGGAGAAGGCGCGGGCGGCGAGGAGGAGGAUGCGGCCCGGGUCGUCUCCCGCCGCCACGGCCAAGGUGGCCGCCGUCGUCGCGCCGCCCGAGGUGCUGGAUGCCGCCGCCGCCGCCGCCGAAGCGUCGCUUCAGGAGACGGACGCGCCCAAGCCGAGGGCCCCGAGGCUGGAGGAGAUGGCCGUGGACGACGCGGCGGCCGCGGCGGAGAUCGAGGAGCUCAAGCAGCGGCUCGGCGGCGGCGGCCGCCGGUCGAGGCGGCCGACGCUGGAGACAAUUCAGGAAGAGAGCUACGUGGCAGCGAGAUGCUGAUGCAGGUCAAUAAUGGUCAAACCAACCAGACACGAAGAUGGCAAAGGCUCUCUCGUAGGCUCAUAGCUUUUUUUUUCAUUUUCUUUUACUUCUUCCUUUUCACACAUUGUGUAAAAUACCAGUACUUUUUUGGGGUGCUGCCUCUUUUCCGUUUAUUUUGGAGAGAGGAAAGAGGAACAUGAGUUGGAUCGACAUGGUUCUCAAAACUAAUUAAUAGAAAUGAAGACAAUUUUAGCAAACCAUGAUCAAUACUAUAUUUACAAUUGAUCUGGUA